AUGAUGAGUGGGGGUAUAUCUAAAGUUGAAGAAUACGAUGAAAAUGCUGAGAUGGUUCAUGAGAUUCCACAAAUUUUGAAAGAUUUAACGUCAAUAAUUGGGAAAUUAUUUUAUGAACCUGUUAGUUUCUUAGCAUUACAAUUGAUAAUCAACAAUACAAUUAUAAAUGAAGAGGCACUAAGGGUUAAAAUGAAAAUUGAUGCAAAAACUAUGAAGACACUCUUGCAGGCAUUAAAAGAUGAUAAAAUUGUUAAAGAGAAGUGUACUUCUACAACCAGUGAGGAAAGUAAUCGUGCAAAAAAGGUUUAUUACAUGUUCGUUAACUAUCGCGCUUUAUUAAAUGUUACAAAGUAUAAACUUGAUCAUAUGCGUCAAAAAAUUGAGAGUUUGGGUAAAAAAGAAGCUUCUAAAGCUUAUUUUAAAUGUGGUAAAUGUGAUACAUCAUAUGAUACAAUGGAUAUUAUGCAACUUGCACAACCAGGUUCGGAUUUAUUGAUUUGUUGGCGUUGUGGAGGUGAAGUUAUUGAAGUUGACGACAGAAAUAAAGAGGGGAAUUCUACUGGAAAUUCCAUGGCAAAAUUCAACUCUCAAAUGGAGGGUAUUUUUAAAUUAAUUUCUAAGCUUGAAAAUAUUCGUUUUUCUCCGCAAUUACUUGAUCCACCUAUUCCAGAUGUAAAAGAAACUGUUGAAGUAGUCGACGACAAACCUAUUAUUGCUCCUGGUGCUAAAAGUUUUAGUAAGGGUGAUAACAAAAGGUCUGAUAUGGUUGGAAAAGACGUUAGUAUUAAUUUUGAUAGUGGAGAAAUAGAAACUGCCAAUAAGCCAAAAACCGCUGUUCCUUGGCUUACGCAUAACACAAUUGAAAAUGGAAGUACGGAUUAUACGAUGAAUAAUACAAAUACAAGUGUAAAUGGACCUGAAACUUCAAAAUUUUUAGCUUUAAGCAAUGAUAAAAUAGACACAAAAGAAUACUUACGCAAAGUUCUUGGGGAAGAUGAUUCUAAGAUCGAAGUACGAAGAAUGUCAAAAGAAACUGAGGUGAUACUUCGAGAUGAACCACGACUUCAACGGGAAUAUGAUGCAAUGUUUGCAGAAAGAAAACAAGCUUUCAAUUACUUCGAAUACAUGUCUGAUGAGGAAGAAGAAGAAGAAUAUAAGAAACCAGAUAUAUAUUUUUGUCCUACCAGUUUUUCUGUUUUAAUGUAA